AACAGAAGGAGUCCCUCGUUUUCGAACAUGGCUGCUCUCACAUGUAAACAUGCGACUUAACCUGUUAGUUUAUUAUAAUUGAUUAAAACAGUUUUAUAGCAUUUAUUUAUCGGCAGUGAUUCGUGCGGGAGGUCCAGAGCAGUUUAGGGGCAACUUCCGGUGCUGGGGUUUGGUUUGUGAGUUAGCAGGUAGCUUAGCAUCACGGAGACGUCAUGCCUGCGCAGACUUUAUACGUUACUUGUUUGCCAAACUCGGCUACAAACGAGCGGCUUGAGGAGAUAUUCUCAGAAAUCGGUCCGGUUAAACAGUGUUUCGUGGUCAAAGAAAAAGGCACAGAUAAAUGUCGGGGGUUCGGCUUUGUCACAUAUUCCAUGGAAGAAGAUGCACAAAGAGCUUUGAAAGAAGUAAAAGAGUACGACGGAAAGAAGCUGUCUCUGAUAGUGGCUAAAAAGAAAGUUAGAGACAAAAAGAAAAAAGGUGCAGAUACAGAGACAACUGAUGCACCAGAUCAAGCUAAGCAGAAAACCAAAGAUUUCAGGCAGACUGUAUCUAAAAAAUCCAGACUUAUUAUCAGGAAUGUCAGUUUUAAGUGCACAGAAGAUGAUCUUAAAGAAGUGUUUGGAAAGUUUGGAACAGUAGUUGAGGCCAAAAUUCCCCUCAAAGCUGAUGGCAAGAUGCGUGGGUUUGCAUUUGUUCAGUUUAAGAAUAUGCCUGCUGCCACUAAGGCACUUGAAGCUUUGAACCUGAAGGAAAUAAAAGGUCGACAAGUAGCAGUAGACUGGGCUGUGCCAAAAGACAAGUAUGUUACUGCACAGCAAUCCACAAGUUCAGGUGAAAAGGCAGAGGAGGAGAAAAGCACGAAAGUGGAAAGCGAUUCAGAUGAUGAGCAUGAAGAGAGGAAAAAAACUCCUUCUGUGAAGAAAAAAGUCGGGUUAAAAGCAGCUGAGCACCAGGCUGAGGAGGAUAAGUCGAGUGAUGAAGAUGAGAGUGAAGAUCAAAACAGUGAGGAUGAUGAUGAUGAUGAUGAAAGUCAUGAAGAAGAAGAAGAUGAUGAUGAUGAUGAUGAUGAUAGCUUUGAUUCAAAUGAUGAGGGUGAAGAUGAAAAAUAUGACGAUAAAGAAACUCCAGCUAAAAAGAAAACCAAAAACCUUCUGCCUUCAGAUGUGAACGAGGGUCGAACAGUUUUUAUCAGAAACUUGUCCUUCGACACGGAUGAGGAAGGCCUUGAGGAAGUUCUUCUUCGGUACGGAGAGCUCAACUACAUCAAGAUUGUUCUCAAUCCAGACACAGAUCGUUCUAAAGGUUGUGCAUUUGCUCAGUUUAAGACAAAAGAGGCUGCAGACAAAUGCAUAGCUGCUGCCCAGGAGGAAGCAGAGAACCAAGGCAUCCGUUUGGAUGGCAGGAAGCUGUUUAUCGUUGCAGCAGUGAGCAGAGACGAUGUCACAAAGCUGAAGGACAGUAAGAAAAAAGUGGAGACGGGCAGCAGAAACUUGUACCUGGCUAGAGAGGGAUUGAUCCGUGCUGGAACCAAGGCUGCAGAAGGCGUGUCCGAGUUGGACAUGAACAAAAGAGCCAGAUUUGAAGACAUAAAGCGGGCCAAGCUUCGAGACGUUAAUGUUUUUGUGUCAAAGACUCGGUUGUGCGUCCAUAACCUGCCAAAAUCUGUGGACAAAACAAAACUCAAAGCGCUCUGCCUUCAAGCUCUAAAAGGAGUCAAGCGUGUGCAAAUCACAGAGUGCCGAGUCAUGUAUGAUAAGAAGCCAGAGAAGGGCCAGGCGACGGGACAGUCGUUGGGUUAUGGCUUUGUUCAGUUUCGGGACCACGAGCAGGCUCUCAGCACGCUGCGCUACCUCAACAACAACCCUGAUGUCUUCAGCCCACAGAAGAGACCCAUUGUUGAGUUUGCCCUGGAGGACUCCAGGAAACUGAAACUUAAAGACAUGCGACGUCAGAAACAAAAGGAAUUUUUACAAAACCAGUCUCUUAAGGGAGAAGCGAAACCGUCCCAGGUGUCUGCAGGAUGCAAAGGACCAGCAAAAGGAAUUCCUAAAGGGGAGAAACAAAACAAAGGUUUUUCAGGUUUUCAGACCAAAGCUGAGAUCGAGUACGUAGAAUUAGAAAAUGGAAAGAAACGAAAGACGGUUCUGGCUUUUCCUUCUCAUCGGGGACCUAAGAUCAGAAAGCGUGAUAAAGUAAAGCAACAGGUUCCACCUGCCAAACAAGCAAAGCCUGGAUUGAAAAAGAGCAAGCAUCGAAGACAACAAAUUAUAAAGCCAACCCAGCCCAGAAACCAGGCCAAAGCUGCUAAGAAGCAGUUCAGGAAGCAGGACGAGGAUCGUUUUGAGUCUCUGGUGCAGCAGUACAAGAAGAAACUGACGGGCAGCAGCGACAAGAACACAAUGCAAAGAAGCAAGUGGUUUGAUAGUUAGAUCUGAGUCUGAGGGAGGUAAAUGAACUGUAAUCCAGUUGACAUCUUGAGAUUAGUCAGUUCUUAAAAUACUUUUAAUAUUUGUCCAACUGUAUAGGAGGUUUCCUCAAUUAUAAAUCUUCAUUUUUAUUUUUUGUGAUUUUUGUAUCUGCGUUACAUUGGUUUUGAAAAUCAAGUCUGUAAGGAAAUGAGAUUGUUUGUAUGUGGCUCUUAAAAUAUACCUUUUCAGACUUGUGUUUUCAUGUUGAA